CUCUGAGUGACCCGUCAACAUCCCCUCGCCUCGAUGCCACUUCAUCUCGAGCUCGGCGCGUUGGAGAGCGCGUCGUCGCCGUCAACGCCUGAUCAUGCUGGAUCACGCAAAUCACUUCACGCGCUGAGCCUUGCAGUGGCGAAAUCGAAGCGUGUCAUAGUUGUCACUGGUGCUGGGAUUUCAUGUUCUUCGGGGAUUCCGGAUUUUCGCUCAAGCGAUGGCCUUUACAACCUGGUCAAGUCGCGAUACCCCAACGUCGUGCUCAGAGGGCGUGACCUUUUCUCUGCCUCCCUUUUUCGUGAACCCGAAUCUACACGCCUGUUCUAUUCCUUUAUAGCAGAGUUGAAGCUUUGCAUCGAUAAAGCUCAUCCUGCCCCUGCACAUCACUUCAUUAAGACACUCGACACAAAAGGGAAAUUAUUGCGAUCCUAUACCCAAAACAUCGAUGGGUUGGAGGAUAGAGUGAACCUCCCAAGCUCCGCAUAUUCGACGAAAGGCAAGGGGAAACUAUUUAACUCUAAGGAAGUUAAGAAUGUUCAGCUACAUGGGGACAUUCACCGUGUCAGAUGUGUUAUCUGCAAUGCAAGCUUUCCUUAUAUGGAUGAACAUUUAUCGACAUUCCUCAAUGGUGCUCCGCCACCGUGUCCUGACUGCUCCAACCGCUCGGAAUCGCGAAUUGCCCGUAAUGCGCGAGCGCUUGCUGUUGGCACUCUUCGCCCCAGCAUAAUUCUGUAUGAUGAGGCCCACCCUCAUGCUGAUGAGAUUGGUAUCAUUUCUACCCGAGACAUUAGUCGCAAACCCGACCUUGUGAUCAUCAUGGGCACUUCGCUUAAAGUACAUGGCAUUAAGCGCCUAGUGAAAGACUUCGCCGGUGCUGUCCAUGCCACCUCGAAGGACAAGAAUAUCACACCCGACGCCACCCAGACUACUCUUCCAACGAGUCCUUCCCAAGCCUGCAAACCUUCCUCGGUAAUCCUCACAAUGAAAAACACCAGGCUAGUUGUCUUUGUAAACCGUACCCCACCGCCCGCAGAUCUUGCAUCAUUUAUAGACGUUUGGGUUGAAGGUGACACGGACGUAUGGUGCGCCAAAGUCGAAGCGGAUUGGCGACGUGCUAGACCACAAGAUUGGGAGGUACAAUCCUCACUCAGCUCCACAGUGAACAAGGAGAAGGAAGGCGGCUCAAAGGAGAACCAUCAUUGGCAUGUGGUGAAGGACUAUGGUAUUACCGGGAAGGAGAAAGGGAAAGGGAAAGCUUUCCGUGGCAAGAUCCCAUUGACGGGAUCUGAAAACCUGUAUCCUAGUUUAGGUUCCUCAGGAUCUCGGCCCAUUCCUCCUUCAUCCCCCACUCGGCUGAUCUCCAACAUUCCAAAAUCUCGCCUCAAAUUGGUAAAGAACGCUAAUGCGGUGCCUUCACUUCCUCCCGUUAUCCCAUCGAGACCGAUUCCGAAGAAACAAUCUGCCGAGCCUCAGCGGCCUAUUUCCCCAUCCCAGAUUCCUCUACCUGCGUCACCCCAGAAGAGGCGCCCCCCGAUAACCGCACAUGUUCCAUAUAUUGACCUCUCCGGUGAUGGGGACGAUGAAUGUGGGGUUAUUGUGGACCCCCUUUCUGCUCAGCAUCCCCGGAAACGGCAGGCCAUCUCACGACAGCCAACCUUUGACAAGCUUGUGUACGACGUGCCCACCAAGCCGUCAAAUAUCGCUGAUAUGAGCAUUGAUAUUGCGGAUCCGUUCGUGGUGGCACCUCCACUCUCACAAUCAUCGGAUACCGGGACACUCUGCAUGCCACUGUCGCAGUCGUCUGAGGCAACCUUAAUCGACGAAGAUCAAUCGUACUCGCAAAGUACCAAGGUUCCCGGAAAGGACAAGCCCUUGGCUGAGGGCCUCUCGUUCCCCGUCAUGAAAUCAUCUAAGGCUGCGGUAAAGAAAUCGCGAGCUCGAUCAAGAUCAACUAAGCCACCACACACCGUCAAUACCACCCGAGUAUAGUUUGCCGUCUACUAAUCUUUAUCCUUAUUCUUUGUAUUCAACUCCCUUUUCCUUGCACAACUGUGUUGUUUGUCUGGGCGGUUUUUCAUUAGCUUUGUUACCUCCACAAACAUCGUAGAUGAUUUGUAACGUGUUGAAAUAUUGGUG